AUGGAAUCAACAGUUAUACAUGUGAUAUGUGUACUUAUGACAGCUUUAGUAACAGUUGUAUUGCCUCUGGAUUGUUUUGGCAAACAGGACGACGUUUAUGAUGAAGGGUGUCGGUCCUACACAAAGUGUGCCAAUGAAACAGCUGUAAUUAUGUUUUGUGAUACAGGAACGGUAUACAAUAGGGAUACGCACACAUGUGAUGACGCAUUUAAUGUACCUCCACCCUGCGGAACAUUUCGAGAGUGCUCUACCCUCAAUGAUGGGGCGUACCCUGAUAUUGACAUGUUGUGUACAUCCUAUUAUACAUGUAACAGGGGCAAGUUUUUCGGACAUUCUAUGUGCCCUCCAGGAUUAGUGUUUAACCAGGGUUUGCAGGUUUGCGACUGGGCAUUCAACGUUUCAAAGCCUUGUGGAACAUUGCCAGCUACGAAUUACGCUAUGACUAUCGAUGAAUAUAUGGCAGUAUGA